AUCAUAAUAAAUCGUAUUAUGUAUAUAUUUUAUUAUAUAAAAUAAAAAACAUAAAAAAUUGGGAAGAGAGAGAGAGAGAUAAAAUAGAAAAAAUGAGACAGACAAUUUACGAACGUUACCAUUUCAGCAAUCGACUUCUCGAUUUGCUUUUCGGACAAGCUAUCGGAUCGUACCACUCAUAGCGAUGUAAACACAUGUGCCACCCCUUCUCAUGGAUCAACCAUGUUACUUUUCCAAUGAUACCGUAAAAUAAUUGUGUAAUAGUUUGAAUAUUGUAUUAUAAUAAAUAUAUGAUUAUUUUUGUAUCGUAAUCGAUGUAAGUAAAAAAAUAUCGAUUCGAUAUAUACAUAUUUUAAUUAAUAUUACUAUUUGCACAUAUAAAAGGUGGAUUUUUCUUAAAUGGAAUCAGUAAAGUGCAGAUAGGCAAUCAUAAAAGUUCAACAUUUAAAAUAUCGAAGAUGUAUGCAUUACGUAUACAAAAUUAUGAUUUCAACGUGAAGUGCAUACUUAUAAAACCGUCAUAUAGUAUUAGUAAUUCUAGACUAUAUUUUGACACUAAUUUCUUUGAAAGUAACAUAUGAAAUAAUCUAUUUUUACUCUAAAGUGUAAUGUGUUUAAGUGGUGUUUUAUCAAGACUUUUUUAUUAUUAUACCAUGCUAAUCUAGAUUUGAAAUAAUAAUAUCUAUGUGAAAUAUAACAGUGGCUAAAAAUGGAAGCGUGGUGGUUUUCUCGUAUAGUUGCACAUCAUCCAUAUGUUAUUCUAUUGACAGUAUUUCUAUUUUCUUGUACAUGUUUAAUAGCUCCUCGUACUAUUCAAAAUUUUCCAGAUUUUUCUGAUCCUCAAUUGGGAUUUGAAGCACGGGGUACUGUGUUAGCACAAAGAUUGACAGCAUGGCAAAAUUUAAUGGAAGCAACCAGCCCUAGAGGAGAGCUUGUUGAUAAUCCUUUGGAAUAUUAUUAUUAUUUAAAACAAAUAAAUCAACAGACUGACUCGACUACACAAAGUUAUGGUUGGACAAGUCAGGGUAUUCUUAGAAAAAAACCUAAGAGUAUUAACAGAAAAAAAGGAAAAAAGUAUAUUGUAACAAAAAAUGAAACAGAAGAAGAUUCAAAUAAUGAUAAUAACAAAGAUAAAUGGGAAGAAUUAUUAGAAUUAAGAAAUAAGAAUCGAUUAAAUAUUAUAGAAGAUGAAAAAAAUCAUAAUAAUUUGGACAGUGAAAGCUUCUUCUGUAAUUUACCAAGUUCUGCUUAUGCUCGUGUAGUUAUAGGCACAGAAACAGAAGAAAAAAGUUUAUGGACCAUGGAAGGUGUUCUAGCUCAGUGUCAUAUUGAUGCUGCACUUAGAGCAAAUCCUCAUUUUCCUUCAUUAUGUCAGAUUCAAGAGGAACAUAAUAAUAUAGGACAUAAAUGUUGCAGAAGUUGGUCACCUGCUAACUAUGUAGCAUUGUUGUCUAAUCGAAGUUCUUGUUUGGGAGUGACUGAGAAUGAUCUUAUUCGAGUAGAAACUUUGUUAAGAAGAUGUGCUUAUUAUUAUCAUAAUUUGGAAUUGACUAUUAAUUGUGCAGAAGAUUUUAAUUGUCAGAAACGUGUUCCAGCAGAAUGUUAUCUACAUAAUGCAGUUUAUCAUCUAUUACAUUAUCUUUUAGAUGUAAAUUUCAUUCCAAGUCAUAAACAACAAUCUUUAAAUAAGUCACAUUCAACAUUGCAAUCUGUAAUGCUAUUUCUCCCAAUUGCAGCUAGUUCAGCCAGUUUAGAUUUUUACAAAGAGUUAAAUAAUAAUGAUCUGAGUUAUGGGAAAUUUAAAGUACAAGGCAUGCAGUUAGGAUUAAAAAGUACAUUAUUUGAUCGUCUUUUGGUAUCGGAUUUUAGUCUGGUUCUAACUGGAUUUGGCUUUGUGACUCUAUGCAUUUGGAUAUAUACUGGAUCUUUAUUAUUAACUAUUACUACAUUCUUUGCAGUACUCUUUAGUCUUGGCAUUUCAUAUGCAGUAUAUACUCUUGUUUUGCAAAUUAAAUUCUUCCCAUUUAUGAAUUUGCUUGCAAUUGUGGUUGCAGUUGGAAUUGGUGCAGAUGAUGCAUUUAUAUAUUGCAAAGUUUGGGAGUGUUGUAAGCAACAAAAACUUUCUAAUGGUGGAUUAGCACGAUUAGUACAGGAAACCAUGAAACAUGCAAUACCAUCUAUGUUUGUUACUUCAUUAACAACAGCAGUAGCAUUUUUUGCAUCUAUUGUCAGUAAUGUCACUGCCAUUAACUGUUUUAGUUUGUUCUCAGGAAUGACUGUGAUUACUAAUUUUUUUUUAAUGAUCACGUGGCUACCAGCAUGUGUAGUAGUAUCAGAACAUUGUCGAAUAACUACUUUGUCACCUGCGAGUUUUAUUACCAGGAAAAUUAUUCGUCCUAUGCGAACAUUUACAGAUAAGAUUGCUCUUAUAUUUAGUGUCUUCCUCACAAAAAUUGCAAUUAGUUUAAGAUGGUUUUGGCUUGUGAGUUUGGGUGCCUUAGCUACAGCUGGUUGCAUAGUAGUUUUUCACUAUCCAGGACUGCAGUUACCUGAUACUCCUGACUUCCAGUUAUUUGAAACUUCUCACCCUUUUGAACAAUAUGAUUUAAUUUAUUCUCGACAAUUCUGGUUCGAAAAACAUGAAAUGAUUGAUGGUGAUGAGAUCUUACCACUACGAUUUGUUUGGGGUAUAAAACCAGUUGAUAAUGGAGAUUAUCUUAAUCCUGAUAAAAAGGGUAUGUUAGUAUGGGAUGAAUCUUUCGACGUGUCCCACCCGAAAUCUCAAUUAUGGUUGCAACAAUUCUGCCGUAAUCUACGAAUUCAGCCAUUUUAUCGUAAUACAUUAGGAGCACUUCUUCCUAAUUGUUUUAUUGAAUCGUUACGUACAUGGAUGCGAAGGCAUUGUGAAGAUCCUGUAGACACGCAUAUUAAUUAUUCACCAUGUUGUAAAAGAAGUUCUUUUCCUUAUAAGCCAAAUGUAUUAAAACAGUGUGCAGCAGAAGCUGCUGCACAACUCUAUCGCACACCUUCUUAUUUGUGGAAUCGAGGUGGUCAAGUCUAUGCAGGUUUAAAAUUUUUGAAAGAAUCAGUACAAACUUCAUUGGAACCAACAAAUGCAACAGAAUCUUUGACAUUACCAGUGCCUGAAAUAAAGGCGUUAAUUGUAGAAUAUGAUAGUAAAUAUGACUACAGUCUUUCAUAUUUUCAUAUGGAUCAAUUCUUUCAUGAAGUAGAGACUUGGAUGCAAGAUCAAUUAAAAACUGCACCUAUAACUAUGCAAGGAGGAUGGUUCAUUAGUAAAUUGGAAUUUUAUGAAUUACAACGUACAUUACACGAGGGUACUAUUUGGGCUAUGAUCGUUUCAUUGAUUUUAGCACUUGCAGUAUUAGCAUUCGUAACAUUAAAUCCUUUAGUUAGUAUGUAUGCAAUUAUAACAAUUGGUGCUGCCAUUAUAGUGACUGUUGCUGCUUUAAUUCUUCUCGGCUGGAAACUUAAUGUUCUUGAAAGUGUUGCAGUAUCUACUGCCAUAGGUUUGGCAGUAGAUUUCAGUUUACAUUAUGCUGUAAGUUAUCGAGCAUGCAAUUCAGAACAAAGAAUUGAUAAAGUUAAAGCAGCAUUAGAUCAAAUGGGUGGUCCAACACUGAUGGCAACAUUAACAAGUGGAGUUGCUGGUGCUCUCAUGUUACCCUCUGAUGUAUUGGCAUAUAUACAAAUUGGUGUAUUUCUAUUACUUGUGAUGGGAAUAAGUUGGAUUUAUGCUACAUUAUUUUUAUGUCCAAUGUUAGCAGUCAUUGGUCCAUCAUCGCAUUUUGCUCAAUUUCAAUAUCCGAGGGCAGAUCACAAUUCAGGCAGUGGUCUUGGAACAAGCAGGUGGUUGGAAGCCAUUUGGGAACCGGGCGCUAAAAUUUAUACUCUUCCUGGUGGACUCGAUAUGCUUGAUGCAAUCGGCGAUGGAGAUGCGCGUCUUGUGUCUACCGAUUUAGGAUCCGUUAAUGCUGAUUCAGCAAAGAUACGCGUUUACAAAGGGAGUGAUCAAAUAACGGAGCAUAAUAUGGUAGAUCCACCUUGCGGAGUCGCUGGAUUUUAUACAGAAAAUGGUGAACCCAAAUCAGCCGUAUUAGCUGCAGGAGCCGGUUCUAGCGUUUAUAUCUUUAAGAAUUUACGACCAUUUUUUAAAUAUUGCUUACCGCAUCUCGAAGCUCAUCCUAAAGAGCGAGAAAUAUGGCAUAAGGCUGGUCUCGAAGAAGAAUUAAAUGUGCUGACAUUGGCCGAUGAUCUAGACUCAUUAUUGAAAGAACUUGGGGCAGCAGCAAUUUCUCCGCGUACCUUAAAAUUUUUAUCGAUGGAUGUGAAUUUACGAAUGAGUUUUGCGGAACAAUACAGAAGAAUACCUCUGAUUAAAAAUAAUGCAGUGACUACCCUUGGUGUUAUCAGGAAGGAUUCGUGGAAUGAUCCCGCUUGUAGUUGUCUUAUAAUCGGUACAGAAAACAAAGAGAUUUUCGUAUUGGAUCCGAGAGCAUUUACCAUUAUGGACAAGCAUCUUCUAAAGUGGUCUCCUGUAUCAUUUGCCACUACUGGUUUAUGGGCUGGCGAUGGACGAAUUAUGGUGAUCGGCAGAGACGGAAAUAUAGGAGCGAUACGAAGAGGAAGUCCUGUGAAACUCUGGGAAAAACUUGAAGCUCCGAUUGUUACCAUCUCUGUUCUUAACGGUGAUGGUGCAGCAGUCGCUAUUAUGGAUGGAACAUUAUUAGGAUUUUCAAAAAAAGGUAUUAAAAUAUGGAGCAUCAAUGUACCAGGUAUUAUAUUAGACAUGGCAAGUUUGCCAGUACCACAAAGCGGACUUUCUUUAUUAGCUGUCAGUACAGCUGGAUAUGGUGUACGAAUAUACGAUGGUAAACACCAUGUGGACACGAUUAAGACAAUGGAACCAGUGUCUGCAAUAAAGUAUGGACGGAUGGGACAAGAAGAACGAACAAUGGCAAUGGUAACAGUCAGUGGUGGUCUCUGUGUGAAGAUAUUAAAGCGAACUGCAGAUUUUAGUAUACAUAAUACAAUUUUCUCCGUGACACCAAACGGUGGUACAAAAUUUGUAAUACCAAAAAAAACGCGUCUUUUCGUGGAGCAAACAAUAAGAGAAAGAUCUGAAGCGAAGAAAAUUCAUAAUACUUUUCAACAAGGUUUUCUACGACUACGUUUAACUAUUGCCAAAAAUGCUGUUGAUCUGUUAAGUGGUUGUGAAAAUACAGGACUUGAUCCAAUAUCUUUGGAGGCUAAUGUCCUUGGCUUAGGACCCAAUUAUCGAAUUCAAAUAUUGAUCACGAAUAUUUCGGAUGGAUUAUCCGAUACUGGAUUAUUUAUCGUUUGUAGAGGAGAAAAUACAGAAGUCAAUCAACGUGUUGUCAACUUGCCUUUAUUACCCAGUGGUAUACCAAUCCCGAUAACAAUUGAUGCUACGUUAACAAAUAAAAUUUCUGGCAAGGUACAAGUUUUACUUUGUAAAAAGGAUAAAUCAAAACCACUUACAUUCACUAAUGUUAUUUUACCAACUGCUGAAGAAGAGAUCGAAAUUUAAAAAAC